AUGCCUGAAGCGAGAGACUUACGGCAGCUUUCUUCUUCGACCCGUCACCGAGAUGAGGAUGAGAGCUCUGACAUGUACGCUGCGAGCCUCCAUGGCAGUCAGCAGAUGGCUCCAGAGUCGGUUCCACGGGCGCGUCACAUGGACGAUUACGAUCUACAGUUCACAUCGAGUGCCCGGGGGACACAUUCGCUGCGCAGUGGCAGUAGUCGUAGCAACCACUCAUCUGCACGAAGCGGGAGUCGAAGCACGAAUUCCUCCUCGGGCGGGAGCCGCGUCGGCACGUAUCCUUCAGGGCGGGUUGCUCGACGGCGGGUUGUCAGGUCGGCCAAGUCGAUCCAUAACGCCAGGAUUGCUGCGAAAGCGAGAAUCAGCUUUGCGUUCGGCACCACCUUACUUAUUGCAGCGGUUAUAUACUUGGUGCUGGCAUUUACGCGAACUGCCAGGGGGAUCAUGUUCCACGUGCUUUCCAUUCUGUUCAUCCUCACCUUGGCCGGGGUGUUUUUCCACCAGUUCCUCAGUAUGUUGAUGCUGAAAAGAGACGCGGGAAAACGCCGAAGAAACGGAACUCUGCAAUCUUCGACACACCGACAGAGACGACGGCGAGGAGAAGGGUCGACCUUAGAGACCGCCGCAGAUUUGCAUGACAUGCCGCCGGAGAAACCGAUUCAGAUCCAUAUGGGGGGAUAUGAUGAUGACGGCCCUGGUCCUGAUCUGGAGGCAGGAACUGGAAAUCCCCCGACAUUUCUUAACAAGCCGCCUCCUACAUACGGCAAUACGCGGACAAGCAUGAGAAUCAAUCCGAACUUCGUGUAUACCAAGCAGGUCGAGGUGGUGCCCUCGCCAUUGACGCCUACUUACGAUGAAGCCAUGUCCCAGGUGCAGCAUUCGGUGGGAUACCGGCCGCCAAGCUACCUCUCCGACAGCGGGGCUAGCGAAGUGAUUGCAAGCCAGCGACGAGACGUGGAUGCGGCACUGGAGAAUAUUCAUCCUCUUGAAAGGGAACGAAUGCGGACAUUGGCUGCGGAAGCUCUCGAGGGUCGGAGCGGCAGUCGGAGUCAAGAUCACACAGAGGUAUAG